AUGAAACCAUCUAAACUGCAAGAUCAUCUGAGAAGAUGCCACCCUGAUAAAACAGAGAAAGAUUUGAAAUACUUUCAAACACUCAAAGAUAAAUUUCAGAAGAGACCUACACUGGACAGAAUGUUCGCUUCGACGUCACAAAGAAAUGAUGAUGGUUUGCGGGCGUCUUACAAUAUCUCGUUACUUAUAGUAAAAUCCGGAAAACCGCAUACUACCGGAGAGAAGUUAAUUUUGCCAGCCGUUGAAGAGGUUUUAAAAACUGUUUUACACAAACCUGCAUCUGAUAUCAUUAAAAGAAUUCCCUUAAGCAACAAUACUGUUGAAAGACGUAUUGAUGAAAUGAAUUCUGAUAUUGAAAGCUUCUUAUGUAAUUAUUUGCAAACGACCCAUUUCUCUAUACAACUGGACGAGUCAACUUUACCUGAUAAUGCAGCAUUAUUAUUGGCAUAUGUUCGUUUUAUUAUGAAUCAAGAAAUCUACGAAGAACUGCUCUUCGCAAGAACUUUGAUAACCGACACUACAGGUGAAUCAAUAUUUCAUGUUUUGAAGGAUUACUUCAUUGAAAAAGCAAUUCCUUUAUCAAAUAUAAUAUCAGUAGCUACAGAUGGAGCACCUGCCGUGACAAGCUGCCAGGAAGACGACGUUUCAACUUACGUUCAACAUUUAAAUGCCCUCUAUUCAGAUUUUGAAUCUAAGUUUGGGGAUAUUUUGACUAUAGUAAUACCACCGUGGAUAAUUAAUCCAUAUGGUGACACAGAAGAAACGAAUGUCAUAAUACAAGAGGAACUGACUGAACUAAAACCAACAGAGAAUAUAUGGAAAAAAUGUGCUGAAGAAUUUGAAAAUAGAUGGGGAUUUCCCAAUUGCAUUGGCAGCGUGGACGGUAAACAUGUAACAAUCAAGAGACCUAACAACAGUGGCUCCAAUUACUGGUGCUAUUUACAUAAAUAUUCAAUAGUACUUAUGGCCAUUGUUGGCCCGGACUAUAAAUUUAUAUGUGUUGAUAUUGGUGGUUUCGGAAAAAAUAGUGAUGGGGGUAUUUUCGAAACCUCAAACAUGGGAAAACGAUUUGAACAAAAUUUAAUGAGUGUCCCUGCACCUAGAUUUCUCCCUGGGCAAAAUGAAAUCUGCUCGUACGUCUUAAUUGGUGAUGAAGCAUUUGCUUUAAAACCAUACCUUAUGAGACCAUUUCCUUAUAAGCAGACUUUAACAGACGUCAGAAAAGAGAAAUACAAUAUCCUUGUUAGGUUUGCCCAAAACACCUUAGAGGGGUUGAACAGUUCAGGAAGGAGGGAUUGA